GAGAGCGAGUGAGUGAACCAGAGGGAGAGGGAUCGCGCACAAUAUUACUCGAAAAAGAGGGAGUAGAGCUCCCGCAAGGAGUCGCAAUCUUACGUAGCCCAUACACCGCCCCCGCAGAGUUUGUGCAGGAGCAGAGUACGAACUGUAAAGUAGAGAGAAAUGGUUUCGUAGAUGAAGAGAGAAAGAAAAGAACACGAUUCGUACUUCUGUACGCAUACAUACAUUAGUACGUCAUGAAAAAGUGAGAGAAUACGUUAGAUAGAUUAAUAGAGAAAGAGAGAAACAGGCAGACAGGCAGUCAGACAGACAGACAGAGUAAGAGGUUCAUACACGCACUUGACAACGAAAGGAAAUCUCCUUCAUGUUGCGGUUUGAAUCCGUUUUAUUAUCGUCGCCGUCGCCGUCGCCGUCGUCGUCGUCGUCGUCGUCGUCGCCGCCGCCGCUGUUGCCGCCGCUUCUUAUCUGCGAAUCUGCGUAGAAAUUUACAUAAACGCACACAUAAUCCAGAUUGAAGAAUGGCUGCGGAUGCGCCACGCGAGCGAGAAAUCGCUGCUGAGGAUAGUAUUAAAGUAGUGUGUCGAUUUCGGCCGUUAAAUGACUCAGAAGAAAAGGCUGGUUCCAAGUUUGUUGUUAAAUUUCCAUCUGGUGGUGAUGAAAACUGCAUUUCUAUUGGUGGCAAAGUUUAUUUAUUUGAUAAAGUGUUCAAGCCAAAUGCAACACAGGAUAAAGUUUAUAAUGAAGCAGCAAAAUCAAUUGUUACUGAUGUUCUUGCUGGUUAUAAUGGAACCAUAUUUGCCUAUGGACAAACCUCUUCAGGAAAAACCCAUACAAUGGAAGGAGUCAUCGGAGAUCCAAACAAACAGGGAAUCAUUCCUCGAAUUGUUAAUGACAUCUUCAAUCAUAUCUAUGGAAUGGAAGAAAAUUUAGAAUUUCAUAUUAAAGUCUCAUAUUUUGAAAUAUAUAUGGAUAAAAUCCGAGAUUUAUUAGAUGUUUCGAAAGUCAAUCUUAGUGUACAUGAAGAUAAGAAUCGGGUGCCUUUCGUUAAGGGUGCAACAGAACGUUUCGUCUCUAGUCCAGAGGAAGUGUUCGAAGUGAUAGAGGAAGGAAAGUCAAAUCGUCACAUAGCUGUAACGAAUAUGAAUGAGCAUAGCUCACGAUCGCAUUCGGUCUUUCUUAUUAAUGUUAAGCAGGAGAAUUUAGAAAACCAAAAGAAAUUGUCUGGAAAAUUGUACUUAGUAGAUUUAGCUGGUUCAGAAAAAGUGUCAAAGACUGGAGCAGAAGGUACAGUACUUGACGAGGCAAAAAACAUUAACAAAUCGCUGUCAGCACUUGGCAACGUCAUCUCUGCUUUGGCUGAUGGUAAUAAGACGCACAUACCAUAUAGAGACUCGAAAUUGACGCGGAUCCUGCAAGAGUCAUUGGGUGGGAAUGCAAGGACAACAAUUAUCAUUUGCUGUUCACCUGCUAGUUUCAACGAAUCUGAAACAAAGUCAACUCUGGACUUUGGAAAACGGGCGAAAACAAUUAAAAAUGUCGUCUGUGUAAACGAGGAGCUAACAGCUGAAGAGUGGAAACGAAGAUACGAACGUGAAAAAGAGAAAGCAGCCAGAUUACGUGGGAAAGUGGAAAAGCUUGAAUCAGAACUGUCACGAUGGCGACAAGGUGAAACUGUUAAGCCAGAAGAACAAUUUAGUUUACAGGAUGGUCCAGAUGUGACAACUCCUGUUGCACCAACUGUUGAAGUUAAACUGGAUGAUGGACCGAUGCCUGCCACACCAGGAGGUGGCCUUAUGGCUGGAUCAUUGUCAAAUGAAGAACGUCAGAAACUUGAAGAAGAACGUGAACGCUUGUAUCAGCAACUUGAUGACAAAGAUGAAGAAAUAAAUCAGCAAUCACAGUUUGUAGAAAAAUUGAAGGAGCAGAUGGAAGAACAAGAAGAAUUAAUAGCCAGUGCAAGACGAGAUUACGAACAACUUCAACAAGAAAUGACCAGGAUUCAGCAAGAGAAUGAAAGUGCAAAGGAAGAAGUUAAGGAAGUACUUCAAGCUCUUGAGGAACUAGCCGUUAAUUAUGACCAGAAAUCACAAGAGGUUGAAAUGAAAAACAAGGAGCAAGAGGUUUUGACAGAAGAAUUACUCGAUAAGCAAGCUGCCCUUAACUCAACGGCUUCAGAACUGCAACAACUUCGUGACAUGUCAACUCAUCAGCGCAAACGUAUUGCUGAGAUGUUAACGAAUCUGAUCAAAGAUCUUGGGGAGAUCUGUGUAGCCAUUGGUGGUGAUGAAAAUCUUAAAGUACUACCCGAUGGCAAUGGUAAGCUUGAGGAGGAAUUUACUGUUGCUAGGCUUUAUAUUAGCAAGAUGAAGUCAGAAGUUAAAAAUCUUGUUCAAAGAUGUCAAGGGCUGGAAUCUUCACAAUCGGAUUGUAAUAAAAAGGUAUCCGAGUAUGAAAAAGAGCUCGCAGAAUGUCGGCUACUAAUUUCACAACAUGAAGCACGAAUGCAAACUUUAUCUGAAACAAUGAAGGAAGUUGAAGCUCGCAAGCGUACCUUAGAAGAGGAUGUGGAUGCUAUGCGCGAAGAAUGUGCCAAGCUUAAGGCUGCAGAACAGGUACAGGCUGUUAGCAAUAAAGAAAAAGCUGAGGAAAAAGAAGCCGCUACAAAAAUGAGAUUGGCACUUGAAGAACAAAUGGACCAAUUAAGGGACGCGCAUCAGAAACAGGUUGCAACAUUACGAGAUGAAAUCUCUGAAAAACAAGAAAUGAUUAGCGAAUUAAAAGAUAUUAACCAAAAGUUCACUUUGGCUCAUCAACAAAUGCAAGCAGAUUAUGAAAGGUUGAAGCAAGAAGAGUCCGAUAAGUCUGUCAAAUUACAAGAACUUUUAUUAAUGAAUGAACGUCGUGAACAGGCAAGAAAAGAUCUGAAAGGUUUAGAAGAUACUGUUUCUAAAGAGCUACAAACACUACACAACUUACGAAAACUUUUUGUACAAGACCUCCAAGCUAGAAUUAAAAAAUCAAUAAUUGCUGAGGAUAAUGAAGACGAUGGUGGUUCUUUGGCUCAGCGACAAAAGAUUAAUUUCUUGGAAAAUAAUCUUGACCAGUUAACAAAGGUGCAUAAGCAAUUGGUACGAGACAAUGCGGAUUUACGUUGCGAAUUGCCAAAACUUGAAAAGAGGUUGCGUGCAACGAUGGAACGGGUGAAAGCAUUGGAAACGGCUCUACGUGAUGCAAAAGAGGGUGCUAUGCGAGAUCGUAAACGCUAUCAAUAUGAGGUUGAUAGGAUCAAAGAAGCCGUAAGACAAAAGAACUUAGCGCGCCGUGGCCCAAGUGCACAGAUCGCCAAACCCAUUAGAGCGGGUCAACAUCACAUGAGUAAUCUCAAUGCGAUCAAGAUCUGCUGCCGAGGUGAGCAAGAUAUGACAACAAAAGAGUAGAGAUGGCGACUUUCAACCGCGCUUGUAAGCGUACACAAUUGAAGCAAUGUAGACAAUGCCAAAACGAACUUGUCUUCACUCUUUUACCAAUAACAACUGCGAGAGUGCUUUUGUAAUGGAUGAUGAAAAAAAAUUAUUUCAAAGAUAAACUUUAUUUAUAAUUAAAAAAGAAACACUACUGCGAUUCUAGACGUAUGAUGAAUAUGAAGCGGAAGUACUAAUUACGCAAAAUCUAUUAUAAAUAUUAAUUAUUAUUACUAUUAGCUCUAUAAUGAUUAAUGAUUAAUUAUAGUUAUAAUUAGCAGUAAUUUUAUCAUAAUUAUUAUGUUAAAAUAAUAUAUUCACAACGAGCAUUGCGUGGCUGGCGUUACGUUACCAACAUCAGGUGCGUGACGCAUUGUAUUUCUUUACGAGGCUUAAAUAAACGCGAGCAAUCAGGGAGUCGUGCGUGCGUGCCUCACCGAUAAGCGCUCGAACGCGCAACGUAUGUAUGUGCACUACUUUUUGUCCAUUCGAUUUGUACAUAAAUAAUUUUUUUCUUUUUUAUAUAUACUUAUAAAUUAUUAUUCUUAAUUAUUAUUUAAUUGAAGUAAUAAGGAGCAAGCAGUCGAAAAUAAACAAAUAAUGAAAAUCACACAAUGUGCACGAUGCUAAGUAGAAUUGUAACAAUUGUGUAUGAGCUCGUUUUGUUGUAUAUCAAAAAAAAGUCCUUGAGCAUAGAAAAUGAAGGAAAAUGGAAAAUUGUAUUUACCAAAAUUACUCAACUUAUAUUUGCACUAGAGCUUUGUCGAAAAUUUUCAAUAUUUUUUCAAAUUGCUUUACUCGCAAGCCGUUUAUAUAAAUAAGUCAUUUGAAAUUUUUAAAUAGUGGAAAUAAAAUGAAUAGAACGAACAAUGAAUCAUGUGAAAUAAGCGAAGUGAUCAAAGUUCUAUUACUUGAUCUACAUAUAUACUUUUGAAUAAUGAUACACGAGCAAGGUGAGAAUUUUUUAAACUGCAGAAUGUCGCUUUCAUCAAUCAGAGUCAAAACUAUAGGUUUACAAAGGGGAAAAUCAUCUACAUUGUUUGGAGGAUUCACUUGAUUCUCGGUCAAGUUUUGUUAAUCCAUCCGAAUACAAUUGUUUUUAUUUGAAUAUAAUCGAGGAAAAUAAUUGUAUUGAUGUGGGUGCACUAAGGCUGACUGUAAAAUAUGUUGGCCAACAAAUUUAUGUAAAAAAUAUAUUUGCGAAAAUCAUUCGUCCAAGGAGGUUUGAAGUGCACACGCCGUUGUUUUUGCUAUCGCGCGAGCCGCUUCAGUUCCUAAAUGACUUUUGUACGUGAUCGUUCACGUUGUAUUGAAUGGUGCGCUUGAAGCGAGAUAUUUUUUAAUAGUUAUUCGUUAUUUAUGAUGGCACUUUUGAAUCAAUUGUAACGUCGAUUCGCUUUUGACCAUAUGUUAAAGUACGCCUAUUGGAUGCUUUCUUAUGCACGAUAUUGUAAUAUGUCUAUGUAUUUACUAGAAAUGGAAACUCCACGCAUUGACGUCACAUUUAUUUUUACCUUUCAAUAAAAAUGAAAAUUAAGUUUACUUUUGAAAUUUGUUGACUUCAUUGGUCAUAAAUUUUCUAGUGAAUGGGUUGGACAGACUUACAAUCUAUGCGAUGCUUGUUCUCAUCAUUGUGAAACAAUGUGUCUGCUUAUGUAUUGUUAUGAAAUGAAAUUAUUCACCAUUAUGGAAAAAGAAAUUAUAAUUAAUAAACGAUCAUUAUUUAGAUGAUGUGUAUAAGAAAUUUAAUUUCAGAAUCAGAUAACUCAAGAAGCUCUGCCGUCGCCCUUAUCCCCUAUUUAAAAAAGAAUUAAUUGUCGGCAAUAGCUAGCCUUACAUAAUUUAAU